UGACUGGGACUCCAGGCUGUGGUUCUUGGUCAGCGCCCGCGUCUCUCUGCACCGUGACCUCCAGGCAGCAAGAGCUGGUUUCGAAGAGGCCAAGCAGCAAUUCUGGAUGAGUCUUGAGGGCCGUUAGUGCUUUCUCUGUGCAGCCAGAGGACGGGAGCGAGGGGCGGGGGCAUGGCUGGUCGGGAGAAAGCGGGGCAGACGAAACCGAAGGAGUCGCCACAGGAGAGGGUCCGGACAAAUCUCCUUCAGCACGUGCUCAGCAGGCGGGCCCCCCGUGCCAAGGAGGAUACGAAAUUGCUUCUGCACAGACUGGUAUUUCUGGCUAAGAUCUCCCCGGAGCUGGCUGACAAACAGGAUUUAGCAGGGUACUGGCACCGCCUCUUCCUGAGUCUGCAGCGCUACUACCAGGGCGAGGGGGUCACGGGCCUCCUGCUGCUCUACCCCACCUACCUGGUGCACACCCUAGAGGCCUCCAGCGAGGUGCUUUACUCCAUCCUGAGGGACCUGCGAGACAUGCAGCCUCAGCAGCACAGGGCCCUCGUUCUGGAGCCCAAGAUCCUGGCGCUGUCCCACAACAUUCCCUCCCGGCUCUUCCAGCAGUGGAGCCACAAGGUGCUGGACGUGCCCAGCAGGCACCUGGGCUACACCACCUUGCGCGAGGAGCCAAUUGAGACCAUCAUUGGCGAGUGCCUGGCGAUGCUCCUGAAACUGGGGAUGCACCUGCUGAAAUACCCCCAGAGCUCCCCAAACCUCCCCAAUGCCGUUCUGGAGAAGGUCCCCAACUUAAUUAUUUCCCAGGACACCAUCUGCCACCUCCUGGAGUGCCAGGAGCUCCUGAGCCCUGCACAGUUCCUGCAGAUCUACGAUUCCCCCUUGAACGUCGUCAUGGACUCAGAGUGUGUGUGGCCACUGCCCGGGAAGGUGAAGCUGGACGCCGUGAGCUCACUAAUGGAAAGGAAUUGGGGCCCAUGGACGUGUGGGGCACAGCUGAGAUGGGAGGGUUGUGAGCAGCAGCCCAGGCACUGCUGUGGCCCACAGCUGGUCAUGCAGUGCUCAGGUGUGGCUGAUCUCGGCCCGCAAUCGUGGGAAACAUCCAAGAGCAGCAUGGGAGAGUGGCCGGAGGAGCCUGCCUAUCACCAGUGGAAUUACGGGCUCAGAUGGACAAAUGGGUUUAACUGUAAUUAUAUGGGGAUUAACUGGCCACUGAUUACCUGUCUGGGAUACAUGUACAGCACUCACUGAGCUCCGGUCCUGCAGUGUGUGUUAGUGGGUGGGUGCGGGGGCUGUACCAGACGGCUAUCUCAGGGUCUGAUAGACUGGCUCCAUCAGUGCGGCCUGGGAGAUGUGCAGCCCGGCAGAGCUGGGACGGCCCUGCAGGUCCCAGCGCUCAUCAGUUUGUUUCAUUUCGCUCCUGCUCUGGCGGCCAUCAGCAAUGGUCCGGGUUGUCCCCUCGGGCACGGCAAGUGGCAGGAGCUGGAGGAACUGUGUUGAUGGUUCCUCUUUAUGCAGGUAUGAGCAAGCCCUGGUCUCCUGGGCCUGUGGUGUAGCUUCCUGACAGCAAGAAGCCACCCAUGCACCCACGCAGCAGGGAGUCAGAGCCAGCAGACGUCCAGGAAGAACCCAGCUGGUGUGCAUGGGAUGCUGCACGGAGCAGAGCAAGGGGCCAAUUUUUGCAGCAGUAGGUGCUAGGUCACUGCCAUGCACGCUGUAAGGUACCUAAUGCACAUGGGCAGCACUGCCCCCGGCCAGAUGGCGUUGCUAGGAUUCGUAUAGCACCACGGUUGUGUGUGACACCUUAGAGACAGGUAAGGAGACAGAGUCCUUGCUCCAAGCUUAUUCACGCCUCAUACAGCACGGCAGUGAUCAGAGAGCGGAAACCACGGGGACAGCACGACACCACUUCCAGGGGAGAGACGGCCCCAGGGGUUCACUGUGUCCUUGUCUUGUCACUCUUUCCCAUAGGUCAGAGUGGGAGCGGAGGGCAGAGGCAGGCUGGGGGAGGGAA